CUUAAAUGAGCCCUGUAUUUCCUUGUUGUUAACGUACACCAGAAAUGCUGUCGGUUCACCGUAAGUUUCAACUUUCAUUUUCACUUAACAGUAGGAGGGCUGAGCGCGCUUUAUUUAACUAGACUUUCGGGAUUUUUGCUCUAUGUACUUCAUGUUGAUAACAUUUCUGAGGUGUCUGACGUCUUGCUUCUUUGGCCUGUUAAGAUUUACACAUACUUGGUUAGCUCGGUUUUGUCGCGGUAUUAGUAGUAGUUUGCGAUCUACCAAACAGAUUAGUAUGGAAUCAGAUGAUGACUGCGAGUUCGACUCCACAUGGGAGGAUGAAGACGAAAAUAAUACACACAGAAAUAAGACCAAAAGGAGUCGCAGGAGCUGGUAUGCAGCCAAGGACAUGCAGAAAUUCCGACACAGUUGCCAGGACCUAGAUGAUGAUGGUAAGGAUUAUUCCAUGGACAAAGCAGAUGAAGGCUUCCAUAACCUGAAGUUUUACAGAGGUCAAAUAAGAUCUUCACCUGACAAAAUUCACAUUGAUGAUUUUCACAACAACUGGCAAGGUCAAUAUGAGAAGCUGGAAGAUGUUCACUCCUACAUCCAAUGGCUGUUUCCAAUACAAGAGCAAGGUGUGAAUUGGAGAGCACAUGUACUCACAAAAAAGGAAAUAAUGCUUUUCCGUAGAGAUAAGGAAGUACAACGCAAGUUGAUCAAAUCAUAUGAAGUCAUGUUGGAUUUCUAUGGAAUGCGCUUGGACCAUAAAGAUACAAUAAAGGUGGAACGUGCCAAGAACUGGAAGCAACGCUCUAUCAACUUGAACAGACAUACACACAACAAUCUGCGCAUCACACGCAUCCUGAAGUGUUUGGGGACUUUAGGAUUGGAGCACUAUCAGGCCCCGCUGGUCAAGUUCUUCCUUGAUGAGACUCUUGUGAACGGAGAGCUUGGACGUGUGAAACAAAGUGUACUAGAUUACUUUAUAUUUGCGGUGUUGGACAAAUCAAAGAGGAAGGAGCUGAUUAGAUAUGCUUAUGAGCAUUUCAGACCCAGAGAAGACUUUGUCUGGGGCCCAAAGAAGAUUCUGCAAAAGGAAACUUCUGAAAAAGGUGAACAGCAAAGGGUGUUGAUCCGUGACUGCACUCAUGAACUUGAAGAGAUUGGAAUUGACAAACCUUGUAACAAUGAUGACCAGAAAGAUGAUGCAGUUAGUCAAAACAAACUGAAGGGAGAAAAUGUUCAAAGUCAUCAAGGGGCAAAUAAUGAGAACAGUCAAGGUAGCUCAAAUGACGAAAUGGCAGAAAAUCACUAUCAAGGUCCAAGUGUUGACCAUGAUAAAGAUGUGGACAUGAUACCAGAUAACACCCCUCAUGGUGAUUAUUCAGGUUGUGAUGAAAGUUAUCACAUUGAAAGUGAGGAAACUAAUGAAAAGGACAGGCCAGAUAGUCCAGAGAAGAUGAAUGAAGAGAGUGGGCCAAAUGAUAAGAACAGUCUGUACAGCUUAGACAAUGAAUUUGUAAAGGAGCAAGAUCAAAAGAGUAGUGGUGAUGGUAAUAAUGAAAUCCACAUGACACCACAAAACAAACCUAAUGGUAAUUCUGAUGAAAGUAAUCCAGCUGAAAUUGGGAAAACUAAUGAAAAUGACAUGCUAGACAACGCUGAAGUUGAAAUGAAAGAUGAUGACAUGUCUCAUGGUGAAAAUGAUAACAAUGCUGAAAAUUAUAGGCCAGGGAGUCCAUACAAGUUGACCGAACAAACUAAUAAUGAAGAUAAGAGGUCAAAUGUAGAGACAAAUGAUGAAGAUGAAAGUAAUCUAAAUAAUACAGCGUAUACUAAAGAAACAUUGUCAGCAGAACAUGAGCAGGGAUCAAAUGAUGAGAACAGUCAGUGCAACUCAGAAAUUGAAAUUGUACAAGACCAAAAUCAAAAGAUGAGUGUUGAUGGUGAUGGUGAUGAUUAGUGAAAGUUUGCCCAUGAAGGGUGUUCUUGUCUGACAUA